UGUCUGCACAAUUUCAAAAACUAAGCGGGAAAAGCGACAGCAUGCCGCCUGCCAAGAAGGCCGGGGAGAAGAAGCGUAGUCGUCCUAAGAAGGCCGAGACCUCCGUGACCAAGAAGAAAAAACAGUGCCGACGCAAGAACUCGUGGGACUAUGAGGACGACGACGGCGACGUGGAGUUCGCGGAUGCUGGAGACGACGACAGCGAGUUGGAGGACAAGGCGCCGAAGCCCAAGAAGAAGCGCGCUCUCCCCCGCAAGGCACCAGUAAAGAAGGACGAGAAGGUGUUAGCAGUGCAGAACAAGAAAAAUAAUUCGACAAAUGAGACGCAGGACGAGGACCAGGAAGACGAACGGGACCGGGCUCUUCUGGAGCAGAAACACAGGAGCAGAAAGCAGCAGUAUGAACACGACAGUGAGAAGCUGCUGCAGGAAGUGCGUGAUUUGGCAUGGCAGGAGAAAAAGACGCAGGAGAAGCUCAUCGAGAAGCUGAAACGAGACAUCACGACGCUGUCCAAGCAGGAUGAAGAGCAGCGCAAAAAGCGCAAGAAAGAGGUAGACAGGCUCGUGGCCGAGAAGAUGCGCGAAUACGACGCCAAGCAGAGGAGUAGAGAGGAUGCGGAUGCAGAGAAGAGGGCUUUGCGCGAGCAUAUUAAGGAGCUCGAGUCCCAGUUUGCUUCAUUCAAGAGGUGCACGGGACCGGACGAUGCUGUGACAGUUAAUGCAGCGGCAGCUUCGGCUGCCACGGCCAUACAGAACGGUGAAGCCAUGUUGCAGCUUAACCAGGCAAACAAGUUACUGGAACUCUACCGGCUUGUGACCAGCACGGAUAUCCGUCUAAUCCAGGCGGGUGAGGACGAUGAUGAAGCGGAUGACUGUACCGAGGUCGUGUGUACGACAACAGACUCGGCUACAGGCAACCAGUUCGAGUUCGAGCUGGCUGUUCCUGCCAUCGUAUCAAGCGAAAUCGAGUAUCUCCCGAGCGAAACACCACCGACAGGCAUUAAAGUGCCGUCAUAUUUACGAGUAUGUUUUGAGUGCAAUACUGCUGAGGACAGGUGA